UACUAUUCCCUUUUAUUGACAAGAGGAUGCCACUGUUGUCCAAUCAAGAGAAACCACCAUUCCCUAAUUAUGCACACUCCAAGGACUGCCUCCAUGAACCUGCAGCCACCUUCAUAACAUCUUCACGGAAAAGAACCUUCUGAUCAGAGGCAACAGACCUGGAACAAGGACACUCAUAGCUUUUUGCUUUUGUUUCUACCAAUUUGACAGUAUACAUGGAGACUGAUGGCAAUGCUCUUCAGGUUCCCUUGCGUCAGAAGCAGAGAAGGAAAACUCAAGGGUUUUUCACGAUGAGUCGGAGGAGGAUAUCCUGUAAAGACCUGGGACAUGCUGACUGCCAAGGGUGGCUGUAUAAGAAAAAAGAAAAAGGAACUUUCCUGAGCAACAAAUGGAAAAAGUUCUGGGUAGUGCUGAAGGGAACGUCGCUAUACUGGUACAACAAUCAAAUGGCAGAGAAGGCUGAUGGAUUUGUCAACCUGCCCGAUUUCACUGUGGAGAGAGCAUCUGAAUGCAAGAAAAAGCAUGCUUUUAAGAUCAGCCAUCCACAGAUCAAGAUCUUUUAUUUUGCAGCUGAGAAUGCACAGGAAAUGAGUGUGUGGUUAAACAAGCUUGGGAUAGCUAUAAUCCAUCAUGAUUCUGCUACGAAGGAUGAAGAAUGCUACAGUGAGAGUGAACAGGAGGACCCCGAAAUAGCUGUGGAGACACCACCCCCUCCUUACUCUGCAGAGACUUUCUCUCCUUUGGCUGCACAGCAGGCAUCUCUCUCUUCACCCAAAUCCUGUUCUUCCUCUUCCUCGGAAAGUACAAUAAAGACACACAGCAGUUUGGCCUCCUUAUCUAGAGAGAGACAGUCCUGGAUCGACAUGGUGAAUAGUUCCGCCACUGCUGACGAUGAGGGACAGUCUAUGACAUUUGCUGUGCAUGUUCACUCACCUGCACCCUCAGAGGCAAGCAGUUGCAGGGCUCUGGACAACAGCUUUGCCACAUCAGAAAGUGGAUUUUUGAACUCUCUGUCUAGUGAUGACACUUCUUCACUGAAUAGCAACCUGGACCAUCUUAUUGUCCCAGACAAGCCCACUGGAUCAAAGAUGGCAGACAGAGAAGAAACAAAAUUAUCUGAAGAUGAUGAAAUGGAGAAACUCUACAAAUCGUUAGAACAAGCUAGUCUCUCUCCUCUUGGGGACCGUCGACCUUCAACCAAAAAGGAGUUGAGAAAAUCCUUUGUUAAGCGAUGUAAGAAUCCAUCCAUAAAUGAGAAACUUCACAAAAUCCGAACCUUGAAUAGCACAUUGAAGUGUAAAGAACACGACCUGGCCAUGAUUAACCAGUUGCUGGAUGAUCCGAAGCUGACAGCCAGGAAAUACAGGGAGUGGAAGGUGAUGAACACCCUGCUGAUCCAGGAUAUCUAUCAGCAGCAGCGGGCCCCCACGUCUGCCCAUGAAGGCACUCCCGAGGGACUCGAGAAACCACCUUCCUCUGCCUGUGUUGAAAAUUCUAUUUGAGAACAAGCCAGCAUUCUCUCCCCUGAUCUCUUACCCCAAGUGACUCUUCAAGAGGUUGCAAGAGCUUUCCUUCAAAGGAAAACUGAAACCAGUUCCUUAAGCAUUGCCUCUCUCUCCAAAGAUGCAACUGAGGUGAGGACCCACUCUGAUGGCAGCAGGACUCCUCAUUCUGGUUGAAGUGCUUUCAUUGAGACUCGAGGAAUUGAGUUCAGUUGAACAAACAUCGUGUUCCUACUCGGAGCUCUCGGUUAUGCUAGGCUUUAAGUGGGAUGUGAGAAGUGUAUGUUCCUUGCUCUCAAGAGAACCACGGUGUUCUACGGACAAAGAUCACAUUUUACCAGGGAUAAUUAUUCAUAGAAAUGUUCGUUUUCCAAAAGAAGAAUGUACAUAUUCCCCUGGGUUGGGUAGUUGAAUUCUUCAAAUCAUUUCUUGGAGUGGAGGAACAUGUUUUACAACAGAAACUGGAAUGGGACAAAUGUGGUUUUGUGGAACCCAAAUCUCUUGCCUUUGGUCUGGAAUGGUGGUGCCUUUUCCAUGAACUGAGAAAUACUUCAUGGUGAUUGGUGUGUGGGAGAGCCCAAGGGGGAGGCAUGUUCUAUUGAACACCCUCUCAAAGGACAGCUUGAUGUUUCCACACUUGACCCAGGGGCAGGGCGGGGGGAGGGUGAGGGAUCUGAUUAAAGUUUCCUUUCCACAGAA